GAACGCAACUGACAGCGAGCGGGGGAGGACGUAGCCAAGCAGUCUACCAGCCUACCCAGCCCGCCGCCCAAAAAAGCACGAUUUUGGCAUUAUCCUUGUAUAUUUCUGUCACCUGAAAGAGAGAGGACGUACUUGUUUCCUGCAUAUUUCGAGCACCGCAUUUGCGAGGAAGAGAGACUUUAAAGCAUACCUAACCAUAAGAGGAACAGUCAGAAUCUGACAAGAAGACAUGGCCACGACAACCUGUACGCGAUUUACGGACGAAUUUCAGCUGUACGAGGAACUUGGAAAGGGAGCUUUUUCAGUGGUGCGUCGGUGUGUCAAGUUGUGCACGGGCCAGGAGUAUGCUGCCAAAAUAAUCAACACCAAAAAACUCAACGCAAGAGAUCACCAGAAGCUGGAGAGGGAAGCACGGAUCUGUCGCUUGCUCAAACACCCCAACAUCGUGCGUCUUCAUGACAGCAUAUCAGAAGAAGGCUUCCACUACCUACUCUUUGACUUGGUAACUGGUGGAGAGCUGUUUGAAGACAUCGUCGCCAGAGAGUACUACAGUGAGGCCGACGCCAGUCACUGUAUCCAUCAGAUUCUAGACAGUGUCUAUCACAUUCACCAACAUGACAUAGUGCACAGGGACCUGAAGCCAGAGAACCUGCUUCUGGCCAGCAAGUGCAAGAAUGCGGCGGUGAAGCUGGCCGACUUUGGGCUGGCCAUCGAGGUGCAGGGAGACCAACAGGCCUGGUUUGGAUUUGCGGGGACACCUGGUUAUCUCUCCCCAGAGGUGCUGAGAAAGGAGGCAUAUGGCAAACCGGUGGACAUCUGGGCCUGUGGUGUGAUUCUGUACAUCCUGUUGGUGGGCUAUCCCCCGUUCUGGGAUGAGGACCAGCACAAGCUCUACCAGCAGAUCAAAGCUGGAGCAUACGACUUCCCCUCUCCUGAAUGGGACACCGUCACCCCAGAGGCCAAGAACCUCAUCAAUCAGAUGCUCACCAUCAACCCUGCCAAGAGGAUCACCGCCCAGGAGGCGCUCAAGCACCCAUGGGUCUGCCAACGGUCCACAGUGGCCUCCAUGAUGCACAGGCAGGAGACUGUGGAGUGCCUUAAGAAGUUCAAUGCCAGGAGGAAACUCAAGGGGGCUAUUCUCACCACCAUGCUCGUCUCCAGGAACUUCACUGCAGCCAAGAGUUUGCUCAACAAGAAGGCGGAUGUGAAGACAGAGCCUCAGCCUACUGUUAUUCAUAAUCCGGUGGAUGGGAUUAAGGAGUCGUCAGACAGCAGCAACGCCACAGUGGAGGAUGAGGACAUGAAAGGGAAGAGUGUAGAUAGUGCCCUCAGAGGCCUGUCCACAAACAGCUCCCAGCCCGACCACCACCCCCCUGCCCAGGGUCCCUCCCCGGCCGUCUUCUCGACCAAGUUCUCAGACCUGCUGGGCUCCGUGCGGCGCAGCUCGGGGCCGACAAUGGCGGACGGCGACGCGGGUGCUGCCACGCCCCCCGCAGUGCUCUCCACCCCUUCCCCGCCCCCUCCCGCACCUCAGGCCCCUGUCAACCCCAUGCAGAUGGCCCACCUGACAGACGUGUUGAGCAGUAUGAGGCGGGCACCUGCGCCCCAGCCGCCCCCACCCCAGGUCCAGGCCCAGCCGCACCCCCACCCCGAGCCAGAGGUGGCGCCCUCGCCCCGCGCCGCUGCCCACCCCUCUCCCCCGCCCCCCAUGCCCCCCCCAUCCAGCCCCUCCAUGGCCGCCCAGUCACGCAAGCAAGAGAUUAUCAAGAUUACCGAGCAGCUGAUCGAAGCUAUCAACAAUGGGGACUUCGAAGCCUAUGCGAAGAUCUGCGACCCCGGCCUGACGUCCUUCGAGCCCGAGGCGCUGGGUAACCUGGUGGAGGGCAUGGACUUCCAUCGCUUCUACUUUGAGAACCUGCUGGCCAAGAACAGCAAGCCCAUCCACACCACCAUCCUGAACCCGCACGUGCACCUGAUUGGGGAGGACGCGGCGUGCAUCGCCUACAUCCGCCUGACGCAGUACGUGGACGGCCAGGGCCACCCCCGCAGCAGCCAAUCGGAGGAGACCCGGGUGUGGCACCGCCGCGACACCAAGUGGCAGAACGUCCACUUCCACUGCUCGGGGGCACCAGCCGCGCCACUCCAGUGAAGGGCCAGAGAUGCUGUAGCCACAUCAAGAGUGCCCUGUCUUGUCAAGAGAGAGUGAUGAAGAUGAGGAUGGAGGAUGAGGAUGGAGGAUGAGGACGAAGGAGAGUGAGUGCAGUGUUGGGUGGCCCCGAGCCACCAGUGCCUGACCGUCCCUCGCUGCCUGGGACCCCUCCUCCUUACCGUACCCAGCAUGCACUUGUCUGUAUCGCGUCUGAUGCCCUGUAUCUCGCCCUCCGUCCCGCCCUGACACCCCCCCCUCCCACCACCUUCUCCCCCCUCCCGACUUCUCUUUUUGGAAGCGCAUCAUCGCUGUCUGUCAAUCAUCAUGAUCGUAACUCCAACCUCCCACCUCUCCCCAACCAGAACCCAGACCCAGCCCUCCGACCCACCCUCGACCCUACGACCGGAGUCAGAUCAAUCGAUCGAUCAGAUUGAUUGUUAUCAUUGCCAAAAAACUUAACCGAACGAUCACCCCAGACUUCUUCUGUCUGACUUGUCAGUCUAUCUACGUAUAUCUCACCUGCCUCUGGUCCCUGCCUGGACUGCAACUCGACUCAGUCUGCCAAACUAACUCUCAAACGCAGUGGUCUACAGUGACUUAACUGACCGAAUUACGACCGGAUAUGAACAAAGGAAACGAUAAGGAAAGCAAGCGCCGUCCAUCAUGUCAGGAAGGAAAGUCCUCCUAAAGUAUUCCAGCCCCCCACUGCACACACACACACACUUUUACACACACGACCAUGGGCAAGGAUGGGGGUUAAAUGGUCUGGAGUCGGAAGAGAUCUGGUGUUUUCAGGCACUAGGUCUUCCAGCAAAGUGAGGUCCUGUCCAGCUACACACAAACACAUGCAAGCACACACACACACACACA